GUUACUUCUUUAGCGCAGUGAUUUCAAGUUUGGUUUCGAAAUGCGUUACCUAAAGAGUUUGGAAGGUGUCAAAAAGUUCACAACUAUUCCGCUAAGUUCUGAGAAGAGUGUACUUGUGGAAGUUGUGCCACGCAAAAAAUCUGCUUUACCACUGGUACCCAUCGUAAAAUCUUCCCCACAUCUACUUCAAUCCCUUCCAAAAUCUGUUUUAAUGCGUGCAAAUGUAGUUUAGACGCCCCAAUGCAGAUUCGAUACUUUCAUACGGAUGUUGCAAGUGUUCCUGAUUUCACUGAUUAUCGCUUAGAUGCAACCAAAGACCCUCACUCAAGAACUGGAGACACAGAUAUGCAGCGCAAAAUUUAUGUAUAUACAAUGAUGUUUGCAUCUGGUGUAAUGGUUACUACAUCAGCUAAGUACGCUAUCAAAACGUUCAUCAAACCUUUGGGGCCUUCAGCGAAAACUAUGGCGGAAGCCACCACGGAAGUUAACUUGGCUGCCAUUCCAGAAGGAAAAAAUAUCACAGUCAAAUGGCGAAAUAAACCACUCUUCAUCCGUCAUCGAUCUGCGGAGGAAAUUGCUCGUGAGCGAGCUGUUCCACUGAGUAGCUUAAGGCAUCCUCAAAGGGAUGAGGAUCGCGUUAAAGAAGACAAAUGGCUCAUUUGCUUAGGAGUCUGUACACAUUUGGGCUGCAUCCCAAUUGCACAUUCAGGUGAUUUUCCUGGAGGAUACUAUUGUCCUUGUCAUGGUAGCCAUUAUGAUGCUUCUGGUCGCAUCAGGAAAGGGCCUGCUCCUCUGAAUUUGGAAGUACCUAACUACAAGUUCUUGGAUGAAAAUACCGUUAGUGUUGGUUAACAUGAGGAAGUAUUCUUAUUUGAAACAGUCGUAGCGAUAUCUUCCUUUUUCUCUAUAGAGCUCUUUCUUCCAAUUAUACUUAAAGAUGUUUUUAUGAAGUGAAUAUAUACUGUUUCACUAUCUUGUUAAAGCCAUAUUUUUAAGUAGCAUGUACACUGCAGUUAUGACCAUUUCCUCCCUUUUUGGUGAGAUUUUGCUUUUUAGUUCAGCUUGUAGCGUCAAUUGAGUUAUACAUAAAUUAUGGUUAUUUGAUGUUCACUCACCUACCUUGAAAGUAUGUUUGGUAAUUAAUAAAAGUUCUAUUGAG